AUGGCGCCCAGGAGCCGCUUUGCGCCCGUAGGCCGCCAGCGCUCCUCGGCGCCGCUGCAGGUCCUGCUUUUCCUCAACGGGUGGUACAGCGCUACCUACUUCCUCCUGGAAGCCUUCAUCUUCGCCUACAAGGUGCUGCUGCUGCCCUACCCCUUCAGCAACCUGGUGCUGGAUGUGCUGCUGCUCUUCCUCUACCUCGGCACUGAGGCCACCCGCAUCUUCUUCGGGUCCAAGGGCAACCUGUGCCAGCGGAAGGUGCCGCUCUCCAUCAGCCUGGCCCUGACCGUCCCGGCGGCCGUGAUGGCGGCAUAUUACCUGCUGCUGCAGACCUACGCCCUGCGCCUGGAAGCCAUCCUCAACGCCAUCCUCCUGCUCUUCUACGCCGUGGAGCUGCUGCUGGGCGUCCUCGCGCUGGCCUCCUUCUCCAGCGCGGAUGCGUACUGA